AUGGAACGUGCUUCAACUUCCGAAAAUAUUGGGGGUCUUAGUAUUGGAAACAUUAUCAAGCACAAAAAUCUUGCACUACUAUUCAAGUGGUUAUGGAGAUUCUUUGACGAGCCAUCCAAAUUGUGGUGCCAAGUCAUCCGAACAAAAUACAAAUAUUCGCCCACACUCACAAUAUCUGACUUAAAAAUUUCUUGCUCAGGAGGGCCAUGGAGACUAGUAUGUCCUUCCAUCCUUCGAAAUCAAGGAGCCAAAAGCAUUGCCAUUAAGGGCGUUAAGAAAAAUGACAAAAAUGGCCAAGAUUCUCUCUUUUGGCACGAUGUAUGGAUUGGAGAUGCUGCUUUGAAAUCAAUUUUUCCUGGACUGUACGCAAUUUCUAUCUUCCCUAAUGGCACGGUGGCAUCAUAUGGCUUUUGGAAAGGGAUUGCUUGGAUUUGGAGCUUUGCUUGGAACAGAGUUCUUAGGCCUCAAGAUCUAGUAGACAAGGCCCAAAUGGACAUUAUGCUUCAGCAGGCUCACGUCGCUUAUGAAAGCAAAGACAAUCUGAUAUGGACUUUCAAUUCAUCAGGUAAAUUUUCCUUAAAAUCUUUCUCCCUUGAGUUCGAUAAUUAA